UCAUGUGGUCUGUGGAUGAUAAACUUUAUGGAGUACUGGACUGGAUCGCGUCUAUCUGAUCCUUUAACUCAGGUAUCUCUGAGUUGUUUGUUACUUAUAAACAACUAUAAUAUAUUGUGAUAUAAUAAUUAAUUAGGUAACAGUCUAAAUCAUGUACAUAAUAAUCGUUCUGCAGGAAGAUAUCACAAAUUUCAGGCCUAAAUUAGCAGCGAUAUUGUGGGACUCUAGAUUCAACACGAGGAAAGGAUUUGAAGAUUCUGAAGAAACAGAAGAAGCCAUGGGUACUCCGAUUGAUGUUGAAGUUAUUGAUCCAAGUGAUGUUGAACUAAUUCAAAGUCUACCUGGUGUAACUGAAGAUAUUCGUUCUGAUGGAUAUCUGUGUACUGGAAUAUCAUCUAUGAACAAACAAGAAUUAUUGCAUGCAGUUUUAAUCUACAUCAAGUCGGUAGACGAUGCGGAAUCUUUGCAGAAAGAGUGGAUUCAAAGCAAUAUUCCUUACCCUAUAUCUAUAAAUCUCAAAAAACUUAAAGAAAUAUUGGAUACAAGUAGGCCAAUGGAUAAAGAUUGCUUCAACAUGGCCGUUAGGAUGUUUGCAUGCGACGAGGCUCACCUAUAUCUAGAUGAUGAUGAAGGAAUAUUCCACUACAUGGACCUGCAAUUCUUUUCCAUCUCGGAUUUCUAUCGAGAUCCACAACUGCGCGUGACACUUGAUGUGGAAAAGUUGGCAAGAUUGUUUGAUCCGUGGCCUCAAAUGGAGUAUCGCAUUUCACACUGUAGCAAUGUAUGUUUCUCACACUAUAUGGAAGAAGAAGAAUGAUACAUUUAUUUUUCUCACAUGGUCUGCUAUUUGCAGAUUCUAUUGCCAUAUUCUUUUUUUGGACAUUUCAUAU